GGUGAAAGUCGCCGGUGUAGGGAAUCCAAGAUCAUCCUCAUCAAAUCGUUUAAUUCGAAUAAUUUCAACUAAUCUUUGCAAUCAUGUUUUUUGACUAUUCACUGUUGAACCGGAGGAAUGGCAAGUUCUCGCUGAUAUGGCUGAUAGUGAACGACCGGCUCGAGUACCGGCGCAGGACCGACAAACACUUCCGAGAGGUGCUGGCCGUCAAUGUGCCCAGAACAUGCGAGGACAUUAUCCGCUACAUUUGCGCCCAAAUGCCGGCGCACGCGGGCGGCGCUCGGCCGCGCUUCUCGCUUUACCUGUCCAGUAUGCUGAUGGCCGGCUGCGUCCGCGUCUACCACCACCAGACCUGCAUCCUCCUCAGCGAUGCGGCCAACGCCUUCGAGAGGUUGAUGAAAACGUCCUACAUCGGCGGCUGCCUCGAGGAUGACCCCGUGAACGUGCGCCGGGUGACUCUGAUGGUGGACCCUCUGAGUCUGGUGCCGUCCGGUGACCCUUUCCAGCUGGGGUCGCUGUACGACAUCGACACCAUGCUCCAGCUGGGCGUGCCUGAGGAGCCGCCUCAGGAGCAGGAGGGUGACCUUCCGGCGGCUGCGACGGCCGGUCGUCAGCCCCGUCAGCAGGAGCCGCCGCCGUAUAACCCGAACCUGGCCCGAGUCAGUGACAUCACACUGAGGGAGGAGGACCGGUCCGAGCGGCAGCAGCAUGUACUGGAGGACUUUGGCGAGCCGCUGCUGCCUCACCAGCGACCCGUGGAUCCCUUCCUGGAGCUGGAGCUGGAGCUGGCGCCCGGGCGGCACACGGAGCCGGCCGCCGGCGUCCACUCCCCGCGGGCCAGCGGUGCAGGUGACGGCGUGCCUCUGUUGGGCGACCUGGAGGGGGAGGCGCCGCCACCGCCCCCGCCCCCGACUGGAGAAGAGCCGCCGCCGCCCCCGCCCGCGGCGGAGGAGCAGCCGCCGCCGCCUCCUGAGGAGACGACUCUACCGGCAACGGCGGCCCCCGCCGCAACAAUACAGGCUGAGAUCGAGGCGACUCCGCAGCGCGCUGGCGAUGGGACGGUGCCACAGGCCGGGAGGCCCAGCCGCCGCCGGGCGCCGCCCGCCGCUGACGUCACCAUCGAGGAGCCGCCCCCGCCCCCGCCCCCGCCCCCGCCCCAGCAACAGCCGCGGCGGUCAGCCGAUGAAGAGCGUCCGUCAGACUCCCUGCAGCUGCCGGAGAUGCCUCCUCCGGCUCCGCCGGUGCGCCAUGGUCGUCGGCGUCGUCUGGCAGUCGACUCUGCUAUCGAGCUGGACAGGGAGGCCAUUCGGCGCCGGAUGGAUGAGGGAGCGUACGACACACUCCGAGCGGCGACAGCCACUGAGGACAACGUGGAGGCACCCAGCGCGCGUCUGACUCCGGCAGCGGAGCUACUGCUACGGCCCGGCCGCCGGGUCGGCGGUCCCCUGGCCAGACUGCACCAGAGGCACUGCGUAACACGGCCCGAGCGGGACUGGUCCUGGCACGUCGACGAGGCGCAGGAGCCGGCCGUCGCGGAGCGGCGUCGGGAGCGGACCGUGGAGCCGGAGCCGCCGCAGCCGGAGGCACAGCGAGAUCGGACGGGCACCAUGAGCGGGUCUGGAUCCCUGCUGUCUGCCUCCGACCUGCCCAGCGCCAGGUCGUCGGUUGGCCAGCAGCUCUCGUUUAGGGCUGGUGCGACCCCGUCGACCUCGGAAAACCUGCCCAGCAUCACCGAGGACCAGGAACAGACCCCGGGUGGCCGGCUCUCGACGCUGGCACCGGUGGUGGAGCACCUGGUUCCUCUAAUGGAGCAGCUGGUUCCUCCCCCAGAGGAGCAGCAGAUGGUUCACCCGCCCAUAGAGGAGCAGCAGCUGGUUCACCCGCCCAUAGAGGAGCAGCAGGUGGUUCAGCCGCCGAUGGAAGAGCAGCAGGCUCCUUCAAUGGAGCAGCAGGUCCCUCCAAUGGAACAGCAGGUUCCUCCAAUGGAGCAGCAGUUCAUCCCCCCACCGAUGGAGGAGCAGCAGAUUCCUCCAAUGGAACAUCAGCAGUUCGUUCCCCCUACAAUGGAGCAGCAACAAGCUCCUCCAAUGGAACAGCAGCAGAUCGUCCCCCCACCUAUGGAGGAGCAGCUGAUGCCGCCGCCUCCACCUCGAGACCAGCGGAGGCCGUCACCAGAGGAGCGCCGCGGACCGACCGCCGCCCCCGCGCCGGCUGAUGUCGGCGCGGGUGACCGCAGCGGCUCCAGUGGACGGACCACGAGCAGUGAGGAGGCACCCCCCACCCAGAGUCCGCCCAUGUAUUACGGCUCGGCCAGUCAGUUCCGCUCUGCCAGUCUGGUACCGGAGGACGUACCCAACUGGCUGAGCCGCUGGGCGCCCGCCGGCCCGCUGUCGUUCUCUCAGCUGGCGCCUCCGUCAACGACCAGCGCGCAGCAGGCGGCGGCUACGUUCGCGCACCUGCUGCAACUGCACGCGGAGAGGGCCGUUGUGCUGAGCCAGGACGAGCCCUACGGCGAGAUAACCGUCAGGGCCCUCCUGUAGUGGCAGAGAACGCCGCCCGGCGUCGUGCGCUCGACCUGACGUGUGACGUUCGUUGUUGCGCGUCAGUCUCAGGGCGAAAGAGAUCGAGAGAGUGGCCGGCUUGGCGCGACGCUACACCGUCCUCGAGGAACGGUAGUGAUGCUGCCAUUGGUGUGACGAGUUGGGCGCGUGUUUGACGUCCUAUUUUACUGGUGUUUAAUGUUACUGGUUUGUGUUGUCAGUUGUAUGUUGAACGUAUUUAUUGCUUUAUUCAUGAUUGUCAUAUGUCGUGCUUUGUUGCCGACAUUUUAUGAAGUCGUUAUGUACUGCCAGUCAAAUCAAUUUCUUGUAGGUGGACAAUCGUAAGGUGUUACUCAGGGUACAAUAUGCUUCAUGACAGUAUUAUCACAGUAGAUUUUAUGAAUUCAUAAUAUGUUUCACUUGCACAUCAAAAUAAGAUAUCAAGAUUUGACCAUCUGCAAUACCAUAAAGCGUGCUAUUGUUCAUCAUUGUUCAUCAUUGUUCAUCAUGACAUCGCUAAACACAGAAUACACAUUUCAUCUACAAA